UUGAUCUGACACUGACAAAAUAUCCACGACUUGCGAAUUCGUGCAUGUUUUUGCUUUACUCUGUAACAUCGAAAAGUUCAAUUUCUUGAAAUAAAUAUGGGCAAAACUUCUAAAGAUAAGAGAGAUAUUUACUAUAGAUUAGCUAAAGAAGAGGGAUGGCGAGCCAGAAGUGCUUUUAAGUUACUGCAAAUUAAUGAAGAACACAAUAUAUUUAAGGGUGUAACACGCGCUGUGGACCUAUGUGCAGCUCCCGGUAGCUGGAGUCAGGUUCUAACAAAAAAUCUGCGACAAAAUGCGGCUAAUGUAGAGGACGUUAAAAUUGUUGCUGUUGAUUUACAAGCAAUGGCAGCUCUUCCUGGUGUAAUACAAAUACAGGGCGAUAUCACAAAACUGUCUACAGCAAACGCUAUAAUCCAAGAAUUUGAAGGAAUGAAAGCUGAUUUAGUAGUUUGUGAUGGAGCUCCAGAUGUAACAGGUCUUCAUGAUAUUGAUGAAUAUGUGCAGUCACAGUUGUUGUUAGCUGCACUCAAUAUUACAACACAUGUAUUAAAGAUAGGUGGUGUGUUUGUGGCCAAAAUAUUUAGAGGAGAAGAUAUCUCUCUUUUAUAUUCCCAAUUGAAGCAGUUCUUUGAAUAUGUGACGGUAUCUAAGCCAAGAAGUUCAAGAAAUUCAAGUAUCGAGGCUUUUGUAGUGUGUCAAAACUAUCUGCCACCUGAAGGAUAUGUACCAAAUAUGGUGAACCCAUUGCUAGACCAUAAAUAUUGUGACUUUAAUCAGUUUACAGGCCCUAAUAGGUUUAUUGUACCAUUCAAUGCCUGUGGGGACCUAAGUGCAUAUGAUUCUGAUACAUCAUACCCGCUGUUGUUGGAAGGGCAAACAUCCUAUGAAUACAAAGAGCCUGUACAAAGUCCCAUCAAUCCACCUUACAAAGAUAUUUUAGACAAAACUAAAAAUAUGAAUUUAAAAAGUACAUAAAUUAACUAUUUGCUUCAUACCAUGUAUGUUGAAUGAUUGUUAAUGUGUAAAAGCUAACUCAACCGCAGUAUAAUAAUGAAUAUAAGUGUACAAUGACAUUUAGUGUAUGUAAAUAAUUAAACAUAUUUUAUGAAUUUGUA